UGACAGGCGUGCCUAAAGUUGGCUGAAGGACUGUUUUAACAUCCUAUUAUAACUAUUGAAGCACAGUCCUAGUUAUGAUUAUUUUUCCUGACGAGCUGCUUGGUACCUGCGAUUACUAUACACUGUUUUCUCUAUACAGGUUACUUCCUUGACCUGAUCAGAUGGGCAGAGAACAACACUCAAUCGUUAUUCACUCACAUAUAUCACAUUAUGGAACCAGAUGUGCAGACUAUAACGGGUCAGCUUUACAGUGGUUUAAAGGACUUUCUUCAAGGAAAGAACAUUGACCUCGAGAUCCAACUGUCUGAGUUCUUCACAUCUAUUUUCCCUCACGUGUAUCGGCACAUAAUUAAUGACAACCUUGCUGACUUUGGAGAUGAGUUCACCAACUGCUUGCGUAAAGCACAGCCGGAUAUCAAACCUUUCGGUGCGAGACCUAAAAGCCUUUCUUUACGGGUGGUUAAGUCUUUUGAGGAUGUACGAACAUUUUUGGAAGCCUUGAGUCUCGGUCUAGAGGUCGUUAAUACAACUGACCGCCAGGUGUUUGGGGCCGAGUGCAAAAAGGCUCUGGUCAGGAUGACCUAUUGCGCUCAUUGUCGCGGGUUGACGGCAAUUAAGCCAUGUAGUGGCUAUUGCUUAAACGUAGCUCGAGGUUGUCUCGCGCAAGUUACCGAUAUGGACCAUCCCUGGAACGAAUUUGUAACUGGACUAGAGCUCAUAGUGUCCGGAAUGAUAACCGACCAUAAUAUUGAGAAGCUAUUAACCAUCAUGGACGUUAAGAUCUCCGAGAGUAUAAUAUACGCAAUGGAACAAGGAGGGGAAAUCACCACUCAGGUCCAGCGACGCUGUGAUGAUGGCCAACGUACAAAACGGUCAGCUCCUCCAACUUCGGUCCCUCCCAUUCAAGACUCGGUCAGCACCGUGGCCGCCGCCAGAAAUUUUAACCCAAUGCUUUUCCAACAGCUACAAACCUUCGUUCAAAACCUUGCAGAUUUCAAAGGUUACUAUGGCAACUUGGCUGACUCCGUGUGCAAUAACGGCUCUUGGGCCUCCCGAAGUGAUGUUCGUUGUUGGAACGGCAAUGAGACUGGGGAGUACAGAAAGACUAUAGCAGGUAGUGGCACAGGUGCACAGAAAUAUAAUCCAGAAGUAACCAUUGACACAAAACAGGACCUGAUGGUGACUUACCUAGUGAACAAGCUGGUGCACAUGAGAAGGUUGUUGACUCUCCAAAUAACCAGAACCCCAGUGGCAGAGUCUUUAAUAGUUUCGGAAACAGGAAGUGGCGAUGAGAACAUUAAAUGGAAAGAUGGUGGCAUACAGGACGAUGAAGAUUAUUACUAUUUUGAGUCAGGGAGUGGUUAUCUUUGGGGUAUGUCCGAUAUAGAUUACAAUUACUUCAUUCUUCCCUCAGGGAGCGGAAACUUGGACUUCUUACAAACCGAGCCACCCCUACUCCCCACCACAGAAGAUGCAGUCGGUGGAUCAGCAAGAACAGAAUCAGAUAUUCAUUUCGACAAGGAGGUUGAAACCCCGCUCCACAUUGAACCACAAGAUGGAAAAGGCAAUGUGGCUAAUGGAACACAGAAUAACUUCAUUUUAUUAGUCAGUGUACUAAUAAUAAUUAUUAUGGAUUUCGUUGCGUGAGGUCAUAAACUUGGCAAUCGUAUCAAAGAAAGAGAAUACAACUGUGGGAAUGCUUCCGAUGUGGCGCUUCCUUGUUAAUUAAAUAUAUUUACCCUCGUUUUAGGACUAUUUUACUUCAAACUAUCGUUGAUUGCACUUUUGAUGUGCAAAAAACAAACAAAAAAAACAAUCUAAUGAACGUUCCAGUAAAUUCGUUGUCAUUGCUGUGUUCUCCUAUCUGAUCAAAUAUAUAACGGAAGUUCAUGGAAAAAGUCUGUGUGAUAUGCUCAUCUUUAAUAUACUUUUCUAAACUGUAACAAAUAUUUCGCUCAGAAUAUAAAGCUACUGAAAGCGACAAUUAAAGAGAGACAUGUAUUGUAA